UUAAGUGUCAUUACUGUUUAAGGUUAUUUUGUAUUAUUUUACAAUUAAAUGUUCUUAAAACUUAAUUUUGUGGUACAUUGAUACCGUUAUAGUCAUUUUUAAAUUAAUAGAGUUGUGAUCUACAAAAUUUGUAUGAACGUGUGUUUAUAAAUAUGACUUCACGUAUAACGUGUUUCGCGCUUCAUAACGUUUUCGGCUAUACGCUAAAGCAAGGCGUUGUGUUGGUUGGAUUUUGUUCCCUAUUAAUAUCCGUGAUAACACUGCUCGCGUCGUUAAUAGCCCUAUGUAUCAUGGCGGCUACAGAGAGGCAAUAUAAUGCUGACCCAUUAAAUGCCAUCGAUAUGAUAUUUGCACUAUUCUGCACGAGUACGUCCAUGUACCAGAUUGGCCUGGCUAUCAUGCUGUUAUGGUAUACUGUGUGGCACAAAGGUGUGCCUUUCUUCCUGACGCUGUGGUACGGCUCCCACUUGUCGAUCUUGCCGCUCUACUGCUUCAUGUUCACUGCGAGGAGUCUCAUUUGUUUCAAUGCUGGAUACCCCGUGUCCGGAAUGAUGACAAUAUUUUUCGGAAUAGCUUUUAAAGGGAUAUACAUUUACUUCGCUGUAAUCGUCAACAGCUACAUAAAUUCACUUGAACCUAACGUUAUUUUUUUUUAGUGAUGCCACUCUUAGGAGAUGUUCUAUAUUUGCAAAUAGUAGCACCAAAUAUUAUGUCAAAUCUUUUUAUUUUGAAAAAGAUAACUUUUCAAAGAGAAAGUAUCGGCUUGGAAUUGGAGGUUUAAUGCAACUUUUUAUGAUUUUAAUUUGCUACUUAUAUUUACAA